AUGAUACUUAAAGCUUUUGUAGAUUGGGUAGUGAGACUGACAAAAGGAAAGCCACCUGGACGGAGGGGCGGAGGCGCGCACUGCGCGAAGUGUAGUGCGCCGCGCGCGCAGUGGGCCGGCGGAGCGCGCGCGUGCCAGUGCCUCACGUCCCGCGGCAUCGACGGCGCCAGUCCCGCACCCGCACCCGCGCCCGCGACCGCCUCAGCUCAACCGACGUUGGCCUUUCUAUAA